AUGGACUCACCAUACGGAGCACCAGGCGGCCUUCUCGGAACUGACGACGGUGACGAGCACCAAUUUGGCGAGCAUCUCUCUUCGCUAGCCGACGCGACCUCUCCGGCAGCUGAACCCCAUCACGUGCACGACCAGUUCCAUCACUCGAUGUAUCCUAGUUCGCAUAUCGGCAUGUACGGCAUGUACCAAGAUUCCUUCUACGGCAACAGCCACAUGGACGCUGGAGCGCUCUGCCAUCCACCAUUGAUGCACGCACCCUACGAUCACGGUGCUGAUAUGGGGGCCGCCGUGAGGCUAAGUCCGAUAUCGAUGGACUCCCGCUCGCCUACGCUUAGUCGGGGUUCGUCAACGCGUCACAGUCCGCUCAUGCUCGGCAGCAGAAGUCGCCUAGCAAGUCAUCAGCUUCAUCCGCUCCAGCCAGAGCACCCUCUUCACCAUAUCUCACACAACGCUCUCCACUUCGCUGACGAUGACAGGAUCUACCAGCACGCAGCAGCCGAGGCUCGACGCAUCCAUCAUCAGCAACUCGAACACGUCGAGCAAAGGCACCCCGCGUCGUCUCAAAGGCACCCACAAAUAUCCGCUUCCGAUCUAAGCUACGAGACUGCAAACAACGCUCGCUUGCGCAUGAUGAGGGCCGCUGCUGCUGCCAUCAUCGAAUCACCGAUGGGGUUUGAUUACGACGAUAAGGAAGCACUGCAACGCCAACUCAACGCUGAAACACCCGAAGCACAAUCAAAGAGCGCCCGAACCAAAUCCUCAGGAGAAUCUCGACGUGCAUCCGGCUCUGACAAGACCGACCCUUCCUCGCCAACGGCGGCACUUGCACAUCCCGACAACAACAAGGCAGACAUGAUGACGACCCCAGCAGAACGCAAGACAUCCGCUCGGCGCGCCGAACAAAAUCGUACCGCACAGCGUGCCUUCCGAGAGCGUCGUCAGCAGUAUGUUAAGGAACUGGAAGCCAAAGCCGCACAAUCGGAUUCGCUCGAGGUCCGUCUUGCCGAAGCCGACGCGCGUCUCGCGGAAGUUCAGUGCCUAGCGGAACGUCUCGUCGUCGAUCGCGAGGCGUGGGUGAGCGAACGCGAACUCUGGUGGCGAGAGAGGGACGAGGCGGUAUCGUUGGCCAACUCUCUCGUUCAAGAACUCGACACUUUGAGCAAGGAGAACGUCAAAUUCCGGGAAGUUCUCGACGGUCUGAGCGACCCUGCUAUUGCUGCAAAGAUCGCUGCCAGCCUCGACACACCUAGUGAAGGCUCCCGAAAGCGAUCAGCCCUUAGCUUUGAAGAUAUGAUUGCAAACAACGAAACACCGAGCAAGCGCCAAAAGGUCGCGGAAACCGCCGAAAUCAACUCCGAAGAAGCCGCAGAAGUACAAGAUGUACCGUCCACUCCAGGGCUUCCGGAAGAAGACUCAGUGGUCACCGACGAAGCACCUGCGCCGCUGAUGCUUCCGACUCGCCGAGCCUGUAGUCAUUACACACCCGCCGACGCUGAGCCCGGCGGCGUUGAUAGACAAACCACCAUUGAGAGAGAGACCGGAACGGAAGCUUUCGCAAAGGUCUUUGGGCGGCCGCAAACAUCGUUUUUGUGA